CCGGGCGCAGCAUGGCUCACGGGCCCGGCGCGCUGAUGCUGAAGUGCGUGGUGGUCGGCGACGGGGCGGUGGGCAAGACGUGCCUGCUCAUGAGCUACGCCAACGACGCCUUCCCUGAGGAGUACGUUCCCACUGUCUUUGACCACUAUGCAGUCAGCGUGACCGUGGGUGGGAAGCAGUAUCUCUUGGGACUCUACGACACAGCUGGUCAGGAAGACUAUGAUCGCCUGAGACCUUUAUCUUAUCCCAUGACUGACGUCUUCCUUAUAUGUUUUUCUGUCGUAAACCCAGCCUCCUUUCAAAAUGUGAAGGAGGAGUGGGUACCAGAAUUAAAGGAAUAUGCACCGAAUGUACCCUUCUUAUUAAUUGGAACCCAGAUUGAUCUUCGAGAUGACCCCAAGACUUUAGCAAGAUUGAAUGAUAUGAAAGAAAAACCUGUAUGUGUGGAACAAGGACAGAAACUAGCAAAAGAGAUAGGAGCAUGCUGCUAUGUGGAGUGCUCAGCUUUAACACAGAAGGGCCUGAAGACGGUUUUUGAUGAAGCUAUCAUAGCCAUUUUAACUCCAAAGAAACACACGGUGAAAAAAAGAAUAGGAUCAAGAUGCAUAAACUGUUGUUUGAUCACGUGAGACAGGGGUCCACUGGCCAGGAAUACCAUGUAUUUCUCUCCCACUAUAAGAAACGGUACAGAUACAUAGACCUCUUGCAGGUAAAGAAGUUUAGGAGCUGAGGUCAAGA